CCUUUUGAAUAAUACCUAUAUAUACGCGCUCGCGCGCCCACUCCCAGGCACACACACACUCUCUCUCUCUCUCUCUCAAGACUUCUUCGGGAAUCCACUCAUUUCCCUUCUCAAUUGUCUGCUCGUUCGCUCUGUGAAAUGGCUCGAAAUAAGGAAGCAUUGGUGCUGUUACUUGAUGUUGGUCCAUCAAUGCAUCAUAUUUUGCAAGAGAUUGAGAAGCUUUGCUUCAUGCUAGUGCAGAAGAAGAUAAUUUAUAGCAAAAAUGAUGAGGUUGGAAUUGUUUUAUUUGGAACUGAAGAUACUAACAAUGAGCUGACAAAGGAAGUUGGUGGAUAUGAACAUGUGGUUGUGCUGCGGCAUAUCAAAGUUGUUGAUGGGGAUAUUAUUGAAGCUUUACAGCAUCUUCCUCAAGGAACAAUUGCUGGUGAUUUUCUUGAUGCCAUUGUGGUUGGGAUGGACAUGGUGAUAAAAAAAUUUGGAUCAACAAACAAAGGGAAGAAACGCCUUUGCCUUAUUACAAAUGCAGUGUCUCCUAUUAAAGAUCCAUAUGAAGGAACAAAGGAAGAUCAGGUCAACACCAUUGCUGCCCAGAUGACUGCACAUGGCAUGAAGAUAGAUUGUAUAGUUGUGAGGGGAAAUCAAGUUUCAGAUGGAAAUAAAGCGAUGCAAGAAAAUGAUGAUCUGUUGGGCAUAUUUUCAAAUAAAACCUCUUCAAAGACAGUGUAUGUGGAGAGUCCGACUUCAUUAUUAGGUGCACUUAGAACUCGGAAUAUUUCUCCUGUCACAAUAUAUAGGGGUGAUCUUGAAAUAAGCUCAAAAUUGAAGAUCAAGGUAUGGGUUUACAAGAAAACAUCUGAGGAGAAGUUCCCAACUCUGAAAAGAUACUCUGAGAAAGCCCCUCCAACAGAUAAAUUUGCCACUCAUGAAAUGAAGUUAGACUAUGAAUACAAAAGUUUUGAAGAUCCCAGUAAAGUUGUACCUCCAGGACGAAGAAUUAAAGGUUAUCAGUAUGGACCGCAUGUAGUUCCUAUUUCUUCUGCUGAAUGGGAUGCAGUAAAGUUCAAACCAGAAAAGGGUAUUAAGCUUCUAGGGUUUACAAAUACUUCAAACAUAAUGCGGCACUAUUAUAUGAAAGAUGUCUCCAUCUUCAUUGCCGAACCAGGCAAUUCCAAUGCCAUUCGUGCAGUUUCCUCCUUAGCAAGAGCGAUGAAGGAAAUGGAAAAAGUGGCAAUUUUGCGCUGUGUUUGGAGACAAGGACAAGGGAAUGUAGUUGUUGGGGUGUUGACACCUAAUUUAUCUGAUAAGGAUAAAAUUCCUGAUUCAUUUUACUUCAAUGUACUUCCUUUCGCUGAAGAUGUUCGAGAGUUCCAGUUUCCCUCUUUUAGCAACCUCCCUUCAUCAAUGCAGCCGAAUGAACAGCAACAGGAGGCAGCAGAUAACCUGGUAAAGAUGUUUGACCUUGCACCAACUGGCAAAGAGGAGGUUUUGCAACCUGAAUUUACACCAAAUCCUGUUUUGGAGCGUUACUAUCACCAUCUUGAGUUGAAAUCAAAGCACCCAGAUGCACCAGUGCCUCCGUUGGAUGAAGCUCUCAAGAAGAUAAUAGAAUCUGAUCCAGAACUUCUUUCGCAGUGCAAAUCUGUCAUUGAUGAAUUCCAUAGGUGCUUUGAACUCAAGGAAAAUCCCAAGCUGAAGAAAUCAACUAAAAGAUUACACAGGGAGAAGCCCUCUGGAUCAAGUGAUGAAGGGGAGGGCCUUAGGAAUCCAGAUGACGUUAAAGUUAUGCAUUCAAUUGGAAAUAGAUCUGAGGUUAAAGUUGAGAAAAUUGGGGACUCGACUCCUAUCCAAGAUUUUGAAGCUAUGAUAUCCCGCAGAGACAGCCCCGAAUGGGUUAAUAAAGCAAUUAAAGAUAUGAAGAAUAAAAUUUUUGACCUGGUGGAAGAUUCAUAUGAGGGGGAUAACUAUCAGAAGGCACUAGAAUGUUUAGCCUCUCUUCGUAAGGGCUGCAUUGUUGAGCAGGAACCAAAACAAUUCAAUGAUUUCCUGCGUCAUCUCUGUAAAUUCUGCCAGGAGAAAGACCUAAACAGCUUCUGUGAAUUUCUUGCAUCCAGAAAGGUUACUUUGAUCACCAAGACUGAAGCCAUAGACAGCGAAAUUACGGAUGAUGAAGCGAGGAACUUUCUGGUAAAGCACGAGCAAGGGCAAUGACCUCAGUUUGUCAAAUUUUGGACGUUUUGCAGUAACUUCACAUCUGCCACACACUGAAUUUGAAAGGACUAUUGUACAUGCAUGUACUUGGAAAUUUGUUAUGGAUGUUGACUUUGUUGUACCUGAGAAAUCCCUGAUAAUGUAUGCUUUAAUGACCCCAUCCAUGCCUGGGACAUACCAAAUGACCCUUAAAAAAGAACUGAUAGUGAUGGAUAUCACAAUGGGAGUGGCCGUAUCAAGAAGAAACAACAUUUUUGAGUGAUCCUGUUGGACAAGCCUUAGCUUCCACCCCACCUGAAGUGGUUGGCGGACAAAGGUCGAUUAGCGAAAUGAACGACUAAGCUAUAUAUCUUGUUUGCUCCACAGAUAUGUGAUGAAAUCUAAAUACAAAAUGGGAAAAUUACAU